UACGCUCCAAGCUAAAGCCUCUACACUCAUCAAUAAGUGAACGCGCGCGUAACUCGUGUAUACCACGACUAUAAUUAAAAAAAAACUAUACCAUCAUAUCGACUUUGACCUUAGCCUGCCAAAAAAAAAAACAAAAAGAAUAAAUAAUAGAGGAAUAGAAAUAUAAACAUUUCAAAUUUCGAACUUGCUAGAAUACAUAAUUGUGUUUUGUUGCAUUGGUGUUUGGUGUAUUAUCACGCUUAUUGUCGGAUUACAAAUUAUUUGAUACCCUCAACUGGUCUCAAAUAAUGGGCUAGUACUACAUGCACUCGAUCAGCAUGAACGAAAGUCGCGAGAGAAUUCGACGGGAGAGGGAAAGAGAGAAGAACACGUAUACCUCUCCCCGUCUAGCGUUACGUCGCGUGCUGCUAUUGGCUGAAGGGCGACAGUUCCGGGAAGCAGCCGCCAUUUUGUCCAGGCUCGGACCGGGCGUUCUGCAGAGUGUUGCUUCAGAAUUACCAAUUGAUUUAUUAAUAGAAGCAUUACCGCAUUCGUCUCAUCUUAUAGAAACUCUUUUAAACAGGCUCGUAUCAUUGGAGAUAUCACCUCGUCCAGAGCUACAAUGCGAAGCAGUGGCUUGGAGGUUGGUUGGUCUCCUCGGAGGGGAGCAAGGCACUGGUCUUCGAGGCAGGACCAGUCGGCUGGCAUCAGCGCUGGUACAAUACUCUCCAGAGGCGAGAGACACCGUAGAUAAUAGACGACGACAGUUGGAUGCUGCUGUACAAGGUCUGGGCACACACGGCUUGACUGCGGACUCAUCAGGCUCGCUGAUAUCUCUGCACGUGGCCAUGAAGAAUGAACUGCAGCGGCAUGUCGACGUGUACAAGCAGGCUCUGCACAAACUGGAGGAGCUGUCACCGAUCACGAUCAACCAAGAGCCCGCGUCCUCGUCCCACCAGCGGCUGCUGGCGCUGUCGCACGCGGACGUCGAGCGGCGCCUCAUCGACAACAAGUCGCUCCUCACUAUUGUCGAUAAGCCGGCGCUGCGGCAGCUGCCCACCCUCGUCGCAUCACUAGCGGCGAGGGUGGAGAGCGAUAAGGCGGUGCUGGCCUGCGUGGGACAGAUCAAGAGGAGCGACCCCACCUUGGAUCUGAGUGAUACGAGGCCAGUGGCCGGUGUGCUGAUGAGCUACUCGCGGGGGUGCGCGGCGGUGCUCUCGCAGAUGAGCGCGCCGCCGCCGCCCCCCGACGCGCCGCGCUCCCCCACCGACUCCGCCAGCGACGGCUACCACUCGGAUAGCGAUGACGCCCACCAACAUCCUGAUAGGAACCAGCUAAUAUCCCAAUACGCGGCGGUGUGGUCGUACGCGAUGGAAGAGACUCUACCAGCCCUCUCCGCUCUGGAGGAGCUGAAGCAGACUCCGCAACUGAAGUACAAGAUCGUCUUCUCCGUUGUUGUGCUCUCCUUCCGCGCAGCCAUAAGUCUCCGCGACCGGCGCAUUAGCGAGGUGAAAUCUCUCCUCGGCUGCGAGAGUGAGAGUGAGAGCGAGAGUCCCGAAGUAUCUGGAUUCGUGUCGGCCGCCAUGAGGUUACUGCGGUCCACCGCGCACAGCUUCCCGCUGGGAGAAGCAGAGAGGACUGUUGUUAACCAGGUGGUGAAGACGCUGAGCGAGUACCGCAGCCUCGGCUCGUGCGGCGCGCUGCACGCGCUCGUGGCGCGCGCCGCCCGCGCCGCCUGGCCGCUCUGCCUGCACGCGCCGCCGCUGCGCAUCGACACCGACUUUACGCCCGUGGUAAUGAACCCGGAGAAGCACGUGCGCUACAGCGGCGCGGAUCGGCGCUCCGACCUCAUCAAGUCGUUCGUGUGGCCCGCGCUGCUGCACCGCGGCCGCUGCGUCUUCCGCGCCGUCGUGCUCACCUAGCGCCGGCCCCGCGCCCACGCGCC